AGCCAUUUUGGCUCAAGCCGCGAUAAGGGCGAGCAGAUUUCCGAUCUACAGCUUCUGGUCAGGUUAGCGCUUCCCCACCAGUUGUCCUGCACGCGAUGACGUCCACCGAUGAGCUCAAGGCGCUGAAGCAGAACAUGUCGCCGAUCGUCGCCUGCUGCUGCUACGAGCUGUCCUGCACCGCCAGCGAGGUGAUGAAUCCGCCGCUUAUGGGCUCCUUCAAAGUCUGCUGCUGCGCGGGAUCUAUCGCGCUCGAGUGCUGCUGCAUCAGCUGCGAGCCCGACCCCUGCUGGUCCGAGGAGCGCGGCUGCUGCGAGAUCGCGUCCAAGAUGCUCUGCUGCUACACGGAGACGCAGUUCCCCCCCGGCAAGGACAUCGGAUGCGGCUGCUGCGGCGUUGCAUUCUGCCGCACGAGCGAUGACGCGCCUCCGGCCGAGGAGUGAGGAGCCUCGGCUCGGGGCGCCUGUUGUGCGCGCGAAUAGUUUGAUGCGUCGGUGUAAUCUCGUCCGGCGCUUCCCCGUCAAGAGCACGAAAUGAUUCGCAAAGACGAGUUGCUUGCAGUUGCCGUGCGGGUGUUGGCCUCUUCUGAACUCCUUGUCCGCAGCAAAGAUGCCUGUCUGCGAGAAAACAAAGAGCACCGAGAGCGCCCGAACAUGCCAAAAUCUUGUC